AAACAGCAGCAAAAAUUUCAUGUUAAGUAACGACGACCAGCAUCGCAGCGGCAACAGUUCAAGCUCGGACCGCCAACUGGUCGCAUCGUCCGAUGAGUUCCGAUAUUUUGGCUUUGAGAGAUUUUGUAGUUGAAAACUGAUUGUUACAUUGUGACUAAAAAGUAUAGAAAUUUGUUAGAGUUGCUUCAUAUGCACGACCUUAGAGCGGAUUACGCGUGGUUUAAAUUUUCCGGGGAUAAAGUUUAUGUGUGCGAAGAAAGUGGAAGGGUAGCUGCAGAUUUCGCGAUUAGUGACAUGAAAAGAGCGCGACUAUAAAAAUAAAUCAAAAAUUUGAGUGUCGUCUUUUUGGGUGGGAAAAUCACGAGACGAGAAGAUUGAGUGCAAGUGCAUCGCAUUCGCGUAAAUAGUGAAACGAGUGCAGUUUUGUUUUUUUUUUUCCUCACGAAGAGUCGGAAAAAGGCAAAUAAAUAAAAUAGCAGUGCGGAGGCAAAUAAAAGCAGAUAAAAUUAAAACAUUUUCGACGGCGCAAGGAAGACGCACAAAAAUUCGGCCUUUGGGUCUUUUGGAGGACUGUGCGGUUUAUGAGUAGCGAGAGGCUCGAUCGUUAUCAGCAAACGCAAACGUGUUCCCCUGUAGGAAGAAACGUGUCCAUAUCUCAGGUGGGAAGAAAAUAAAUACAUGCUGUGAAUGUUUGUACUAAAGUGCUUUGGGAAGAAGUAGAAAAUUGAGGCAACAGAUCGAGCGUUCCGAACAAGUGGUUAUCGAGAGAUUGUUUUGUGCCAGCACGCGGCAGCAAGAAGAAAACCGACGAAAUUUGCAUAACGUAUAUUCUCAAAACCUAAUUCAGAAUAGAGUGAGUUUGUUUGACGGCUACGGAGCAGGUUCGUACUCCCAUGCACUGAAAAUUCUGAAAUCACCCUUCAACAGUGCAUUUCUCGACGCAGCGUUCCGCCUUCUACCGUGUGUUGAAACGCACGAUUUAAAAGUAUAAUAUAACGUCUACUGCACACUCGCAGAAAUUAUACUUUGGGUGCUCACGUAGAUCGGAACAUGCCCAGUGUGGCGGCGAGAGACGGCAGUGGCAUUCCAGUACCUACCAACUACUAGCGCUACACAACUACGGAAACAACGAUCAAUUAGAGCUAAUAACCGUACAACCAAGCAUCAUCCCCAACUCACCAGACCUUGGGACGCAAACUAUGAACUAUGGGUAAGCCGGUGCGAAACAGGCAACCUCCCGACACUGGUGGCAUUUACCUGCAUCCGCUCAAACCGACGACGGCGAUGGCCGAAAUGUGCGUCAACUUUAAGCGAACCCUCCACUCGGCACACCCGCUGCCCCACAACAAACACUCCCACCGAUAUCCGCACCAUUACCAGUAUCCAGCACCAACCACGGCAACGGCAGGUUGCACCACCCGAGUCGGAAGACUCCUUAGUAGCAGUUAUUUAUCGAAAUUCCUGAUUUUAUUGUUCCUAUCAAUCUGUGAUAAUCGAGCGUGUAGAACGCUUCCAACCCUAGCAGAGGCCGCUACCGUAGUCAGUAGCAGCAGCAGCAGCAGCAGCAGCAGCACCACCGUUCCCAUUCUAGCCACCACUGGCAGCAGCAGUAGCAGCAGUAGUAGUAGCAGUAGCAGUAGCAGUACACCUAGCAGUAGUCAGACAGUAGUUUCAAGUGAUAGUGAAAGCAGUGGAACCGCGGUGACGUUCAAUCGAACCAAACUGCAGGAGAUCGUCAUGGAGGGACUCGGGUUGAGUGAAAUUCCCGACGUUAGAGCGAUGAACGUCAGUCAGCACGAAUAUGAAACCAAAUAUCGAGAGUACCUGGAACGAAUCAAUCGGCGCAGCAGCCUCCGGCGGUUGCUGGGCCAACAACAACUAGAAGAUUUUGAGACUGAUGACGACUACGACGAGGCUGGACUGUUGGAGCAGCGCUUUCUCUACAGUUUCCCGAAUUCAGAUCCCAAGCUGAAUCACCAGAAUCUACGGCGCAAGCGAUCUCUGAACAACAACUACGAUCUGGUCUAUAUCCGGUUCGAUAUACCAACCAGAAACGCAACCACCGGUGAACUCGCCGGUCUAACUUCGCCCUCCAUGCACAACGAUCCAUCCAGCAGUGGCAGUCAGCAUCAUCAGCACCAGCGGCACCAUCAGUCGGAGCUUCCGCCAAUCUCACCGGAGAACAUUGAAGAAUCAUCACUAAACAUAAUGUUAACCAGAAGACAAAACAGCGAGCACAGCACAAUUACGAACAGUAAACAUCAACAACAGCCAUCAGCAAUUGCCGCCGAGGAGCAUAACCCAGUGCAUCACCGUCGGCGCGGAGGCAGAGUCAAAUUCAAGCACAACAACCAAAACAACGGCAUUGGGGGUGACGCGUCGUCGGUCGGUGCCAAUACCGGGCACCAGCGGGCAGGGAAAAGUGUCAAUUUACACAUCUACCAACUGGUUGAACCCUACGAGCGACACUGGCUGACAUCGAAAACGAUCGGCGUGUCGGACCUUACGCUCAACGACAAAAAGUGGUUCCAAUUACCACUGGACGAAGCCGUGCGCACGUGGCUCGAUGGAUCGCGCAAGAAUCUCGGAUUAGAAAUCUACUGUGAAAAUUGCUACAACAAUGGCAUCUUUGUCAUCCACGAUUCGUCUCCGUUCUUCAGCAGCUACGAAGAGACGCCGGUGCUCAACGUGGUGGGAAAGCUCGUGCAGCGUGAAAAGCGCUCCAAGGUACAUCAGCGCUACAAGCCAACCAUGCGUGACUACCUCUCGCCGCCCAAAUCGACCUCCUGCACACCGAACAACAAACGCUGCUGCCGCCAUCCACUACUGGUGGACUUCCGCGACAUCGAAGGGUUCGACUUCAUCAUCCAACCCAAAUUGUUCGAUGCUGGCUUCUGUCGGGGUCGGUGUCCGUCGAAGUUCAAUCCCGCUAGUCACCAUGCACUGAUCCAAAGCUUGCUGCACGAGCACGUCAAGUAUGACGUCCCAAAACCGUGCUGUGCUCCGUCCCGAUUGGAUCACAUUGACGUCCUGCAUGCCGAUCCAAAGAAUCCUCAACGACUGAAGGUUUCCACCUGGAGUAACAUGCGAGUCACCGAGUGCGCCUGCUCGUGAUUCGCCUGCGCGGCCGGCGACGCCAACGAUGACGACCAGGUUUUGCAUUUAUUCUGGGCCGUGAACCAAUACAGUACGAACUACCAGAAAACCGAUAGUAUUAUUUAUUAUCAGCGACAUAGAAUUUACUAGGAAAACAAACAAAACAAGCCAUUGAAAGCCAAAACUCAUCAUACCGAAAGCAGCCGAAACUAGCGAGAGAUCUUCCCGAAGUUUUUAUUUAGCAUCGAGGUGCAACAGAGAAGAAGGUUGUACCAGGUUGUUGCGAGUAUCAAAGUUCCCUGAAUGUAGUCUAGCUGCUAAACAUUGCAUCGAAAGUAUUUAUAAAUUAUUUAUUUUAUAGAAAUCGUUAAGUUCUCGAGACUCGAAAACUCAGCCGCAAGCCAAAGGAUACAGAUUACGUAAUUGGCUGAUUAGGAUAAUUUUCCGACAAGUUUGUGUAGGCAUUUUUUUUUUUCAGUGUGAUCCUCCAUACUGAGUUGUAAAAUAUUGCGAGCCGACCUAUAUUGUGUACAAUUUUAAUUUAUUGAUCCUUCCGUGUUGUAUAGAUUGUUCUUGCUUAAGUGAUCGUUGUAGAGAGUAUUUAUGUGCAAAAUUGUGGAAGUAUAUUUUUUGUACCUUUUUUAUCGAUGCAAAACAACAAGGUGGAAAUUACUUAUUAUACCAUGCCAUCCCAAGUAACUGAAACGAGAGAAAACUUUAAAAUAAACACUGUUUGUAGAUCUAGACAUAAUCUAGCG